AUGUAUGAGAGUGGUGGUGUAUUCCAGAUCUACAACAUAUUUGAGGAGAAAAGUUGUGGAACUAUGAUGCGUUAUUCUGACAUUUGGCACAUUCCUUCACUGAGGGCGAAGUGCAGCGAAUUUUUAUUAUUUCGUUUUCCACGAUUUUGUCAUUCGUUCGAGACGACAUUCGCUCUUCUGGAAAUCGCCUUCAUGCACGGUUUUGAGCGCAGCACCGAACAGUUGAUCUCUCGUCUGGCCGGCUUCGGUCAGGCAUUUCUUGAUCAACAAGGAAUGCUUAGUAAAAUCACGGAUCGUCGCACCAUAGCGGCUCUAUUCUCAGCAGCUCCAAAGGAUAAAAUAGUUGUGAAGAAAUUCGCGCACAGCUUGUCCUCGGUGGCUAAUAAGGCGACAAGAGAAUGCAUCAUCUUGCAGUGUACCAACCGACCGUCCCAUGUGUGCUCCGUGUGCAAAUUGUUUCUGUGCUCAUCACAUCAAGACGCCAUCCCAUGCACUAAGGACUCACAGUUUCCGAUUUUUGUCAAGAUAGUUCCGUUCAAUAUCGGAUCGGCAAAAGUCGACACCGAUUUGCUGUAUGGAUUGAACACUGAGAAGUAA